CGGCCAGUGGCUUCACACCUUCUCACAUUGAAAUUUUCUGCAAAGCACUCGAGAACCACCUCGAUUGGCACCACAGAGAACACAAGAGUCCGUUCAUUUCUACGUUUCGUGCCAGGCGACAUGCUUUCCGAUGGGCGAAGCGUUGGGACCUUGUCGAAGACCUCGACAUCUCCGUCACGCUAGACCCUUCCCAAUAUCACUCCGAGUAUCUCUGCCUCCAUCGCAUCCCGGAGCGGGUGAUUGUGAACAGAACAAGGCUACAAUAG